AUGUUUGAUAGAGAAUUUUACAAAGGAUAUGUGUCCAAGAAUGCUUAAAUAAAGGAAGGAUAUGCAUAUGCAAUCUCUGAAAAAUGGUACUGAUUUGUAUUAAUUAUCAGGUACACACAAUUUCAGACUUUCUUAGAGAAUCCAAGAGAAGCUGACAUUUAACAACUUGGAUAGAUUAAAAAUCAUAAUAUCUGUGACAUUAUUCAAGAUUUUAAUCCAAAUUUAGAUUGCUAUAUGGUACCUUAAUAACAUAGCAUAAAUUUUCGUAAAGUUCAUAAGUUGAAACCUGGGCUUAUAUAAUUUAGAGAUUACUAUAUAGUUUCAAUAGAUAUUUGGAAAUUACUCAACAUGUGUUUUCAUGCAGGUAUACAGUAUGAUGAAAAAUGAAUUUAGAUUACGAAGUAAUCGUGUUUGUUACUAAAGUUCUAUAAGGUAUGAGAAAUUACUCUUUUUGUGACAAUUUAGAAUAAGGAUAUUGCAUUUGCGAUGAGACAUUCUACUUGAUUUUUGUGAUUGUAGAAAAAGAUGAUAAGAGUAACAUGUUGGCAAUAAAAAUGCCAGCAUGUCCUUGGAUAGGAUUGACUAAAUUUCAAAAUUUUCUCUUCACCAUUAUUGAACAUAAAUUGGACUCACAAAAGUUUAUAAACCAAGGUCAUCUUUACUAUAAUGGGAAGAAAGUACCAUUUUAAGGGAAUUAGCUCUUGAAAGACAUAGGGAUAACAAAAGAGACCUAAAUAAUCUUAUCAUGCCCAAAUAUGACUUUGGAGGACAUAGAACAAGAGAUCGAAACUGAUGGAGAAGAUCGAUAAAUUCAAUAAAGUAAAAUAAUCAAUAAACUAAUAGAUUAACAUAGCAAGUAGGAAUUUUUAGAGAUUUUAGAACAAAACAUGAAGCAUCAAUCAAAUGAAUUGACUCUGAAAUCCCAAUAAGAAAUAAAGUAAUCUUUAGAGUAAAAUGAUUUCUUUUAAGUUUGA